AUGGGAGACAAAGGCCCUUACAUUCCACCGCUCGUCGGGUGGAUGUACGAUCUGGUCCUCUGGACUUUCUCCGUGCUCAUCGACCUCUUCUUCCGUGAAGUUCACCCCCGAGGAUCAUGGAAGAUCCCCCGACGUGGUCCCAUCAUUCUGGUGGCUGCUCCCCAUGCAAACCAGUUUGUGGAUUCCUUGGUAUUGAUGCGCGUCAUUCGCAGCGAAGCGCACCGACGGAUCUCAUGGCUUAUUGCGGAGAAGUCUUUUCGACGCAAAUUCAUCGGAUUCUUGGCGAGGGGUAUUGGAACACUGCCCGUCGCACGUGCUAUGGACAACUUGAAGCCUGGAACCGGUACCAUCUAUCUUCCCGAUCCGAUCAACGAGCCAACUCUGCUGCGAGGUAUCGGAACAAAUUUUGAAGGAAAGCAGUUUGAGAAGGAUGGAACUAUUGCCCUGCCUACGAUCAACGGAACAUCACACAGUACGGCUAUUGCGGAGGUUCGAGGACCCGAGGAAUUGGUUCUCAAGAAGCCUUUCAAGCAUAGGGACGCGCUAUCCCAGCUUACUGGACGACAAGACAUCGAUAGCAAUGGAAAUUUCACCGGAGAGCCAUCGGACAAGAACCCGGAGUUCAAGGGCACCAAGUUCAAGGUUGCUCCGCAUGUGGAUCAGACCGCAGUCUACCAGGCAGUAUUCAAAAGACUGGGCUCUGGAGGCUGUGUGGGUAUCUUUCCGGAGGGUGGAAGCCAUGACCGGACUACAUUGCUUCCCUUGAAAGCUGGUGUGGCCCUGAUGGCUUUGGGAACUCUGGCGGAAAACCCCGACUGUGGUUUGAAGAUUGUCCCCUGUGGCAUGAACUAUUUCCAUGCCCACAAGUUCCGUUCCAGGGCGGUCAUUGAGUUCGGUACCCCGAUCGAUAUCCCCCGGGAAUUGGUGGAACAGUUCAAGCAGGGUGAACGACGGGAAUCUGUUGGUGCUUUGUUGGAAAUCAUCUACGGAAGUCUCGUCUCUGUCACUGUCACUAGCCCCGAUUAUGAAACUCUUAUGGUUAUUCAAGCUGCCCGUCGCUUGUACAACACCAAAGGCAAAAAGCUUCCUCUUCCGAUGGUCGUGGAGCUGAACCGCCGUCUGGUGAAAGGUUAUGCUCACUUCAAAGAUGAUCCUCGGAUCGUAGAUUUGCGCAGAUCGAUUGUAGGAUACAACAAAUCGCUCCGUAUUCUCGGAAUUCGGGAUCACCAAGUGGCGUAUGCCAAGUUCUCCAUUGUGCAAGUGGUCGGUACAUUGAUUUAUCGCUUGGGAAAACUGGCGCUUUUGGCUAUUGGAACCCUUCCAGGUUUCCUUCUCUUCACCCCCGUGUUCAUCGCAACCAAGUAUCUCUCGGCAAAAAAGUCCAAGGAAGCACUGGCUGCUUCUACCGUGAAGCUCCAGGGCCGGGAUGUCAUGGCUACGUGGAAACUUCUUAUUGCCCUCGCAUUUGCCCCGGCCCUCUACGCAUUCUACACUGCUGCUUUCACUUAUUGGACUUACUGGAACCGGGUUAAUGGGAUGGUUCCCGACUGGGUGCCACUCUGGUCGGUGGUCAUGAUGGGCAUGGUUUUAUUCCCCACAAUCACCUUCGCAGCCCUCCGAAUUGGUGAAGUCGGCAUGGAUAUCAUCAAGUCCCUUCCUCCGCUCGUUCUGUCUCUCAACCCAUCAUCGGCGAACACACUCGUGAGACUCCGUGAGAAACGCGCCGCUCUGGCCCAACAAGUGACAGAUGCCAUCAACACUAUGGGACCUGAACUGUUCCCUGACUUUGAUGCUUCUCGGAUUGUCACAGAUCCAUUCCGUGAAGCCACCGUCGAAGAGAAGUCUCACAAUGGACCGCCGGAAAUCAGAAGAACUAACGUGUCGGACUCCAGCGAGAAAAUGCCCUCGUCGGAGCCCCUACCUCGCAACGAGUCGUUCCACAACCUAGCCAAUAUCGGCUUCUUCUCCACAAGACCUCCUAGCCGUGACCGCAGCCGCAGUAGCUCUGCUAGUGCCCGGCCUGGAUCUCGGCAUGGGCUGAAGGCGUUGAGCCCCCUCAGUCAGAAAGAUCCGCUUGAGGAUGUUAGUUCGCGGAUUCGCGAUGCUAUGAGGGAGCGCGGGGAGCGCCGUCGUCGUCGAAGCGAAGAUGGCAGCUGGGAUAUGGCCAGCUCAGGCCCUGGUACUCCUUCUAGUGUGGAGGAAAACCGAAAAGAUCUUUGA